CCAUUCUAGGUGCCUUUUAGGGACAGGUGCCUGUUUGUGGCAGGCCAGAAGAUUCCUAACAGAGAUGGGAGUUAGAAAAGGAGAGGUGCCUAGGUACUGGUGAGAGUUUACAGUAGGUUAGGCCUGGUAAUUGAAACCCACCAUACCACCCUGAAAUGAAGGCACUACCUAAUUCCUAACACUUACAAAACUCUGAACUAAGUUUACUCUCUGCUAGGUACUGUGGUGUCUGGCGUGUUUGUUUUGUUUCUGAAGCAGGGUUUUACUCGCUCUGGCCUGAGUGGCCUGGAACUUGCUGUGUAGCCCAUGCUGGCCUCAGGUUUACAAGAGAUGCUCCUGCCUGUACUUGAAGUGCUGAGAUGGAAGUGUGCACACUACGCCUAUUGUGAUCUUUUAAGUAGAUUAUCUCUCUCUCUCUCUCUCUCACACACACACACACACACACACCGCCUUCACCCAGUGAGACAGGUUCUGUUACCCCAUCUUAGAGAUGAAAAUGAGAAGGCAGGUAUGUAAGAUCACAAAUAAUCCGGUGAUCCCCAUCAAGUUCUUUAUCCGCCUUGUGGGCUUGGAGUUGGGUAUGAGACAGGCCAGCUCCCAAAGAGGUGCUGGAAGUCAGUGACCCCACAUCCACCGUUUUCUUCUGCCUUGGACUUCCUGGAAUGUGCUACAGAAACAGUGUGGGUGGAAGUGGUCACAGCCCUCAAGCUGCAGGCUCUGCUGAGAUGGGGCCCAGCUGGCUUUUCUGGACAGUGGCGGUGGUGGUGCUGCUUCUGACCCGGGCUGCGUCAAUGGAAGCCUCUCGCUUCUGUGGCCACCUUGAGUACUGGAACUCUGACAAGAGGUGCUGCAGCCGCUGCCUGCAACGCUUUGGGCCUCCUGCAUGUCCUGAUUACGAGUUUACGGAAAACUGCGGGCUCAAUGACUUCGGCGACACUGUAGCACAUCCUUUCAAAAAGUGUUCCCCUGGGUAUUGCAACCCCAAUGGCACAGAGCUGUGUAGCCAGUGUAGCAGCGGAGCCGCCGCAGCCCCAGCUCACAUGGAGAGCCCUGGUAGAACCCACAAGCAGUGUAGAAAGAAGCCUGUCCCUCCCAAGGAUGUCUGUCCUCUUAAACCUGAAGACCCAGGUGCCUCUAGCUCACUUGGGAGGUGGAGCCUUGGGCACACAACCAAGAAUGAGGUCUCCAGCGGACCAGGUUUUGUCCCAGCCUCAGUGCUGCCUCUGGCAGUGUUGCCACUGUUGCUGGUGCUGCUUCUGAUAUUGGCAGUGGUCUUGCUCUCUUUGUUCAAGAGAAAAGUCCGUUACCGUCCUGGUUCCAGCUCGACUUUUGGAGAUCCCAGCACCUCUCUACAUUAUUGGCCCUGCCCAGGUACCCUGGAGGUAUUGGGAAGUAGAAACAGAGGGAAAGCUAAUCUGCUGCAGCUCUCAAGCUGGGAGCUCCAGGGGCUGGCCUCUCAGCCCCUCUCUCUCCUGCUGGAUGAGCUGGAAGUUCUGGAGGAGCUCAUUAUGCUACUGGACCCUGAGCCUGGGCCUAGCGGGAGCACGGCUUAUGGUACCACACGACACCUGGCUGCAAGAUACGGGCUGCCUGCCACCUGGUCUACCUUCGCCUACUCACUGCGGCCCAAUCGCUCACCCCUGCGGGCCCUGAUUGAGAUGGUUGUGGCAAGGGAGCCUUCUGCUACUCUGGGUCAACUCGGCACAUAUUUGGCUCAGCUAGGUCGCACAGAUGCUCUGCAGGUGCUAUCCAAACUUGGCUGAGUCCGAGUUUGCUGGGGCUUAGUACUCCAUCAAUAAAGUUUCCCUUGAAGCCAG